AAGAUGUAAGAUCUCUUAAUCAGGAUUUACUUCCCUUUCCUACUGCUCAUUGCUUUUCCGUGGCUUCUGCAUAAAUAGCAUUCGGGUUUUGCAUCAAGUUUUUGUGUUUUUCCUGUCCACUAACAAAGCUGAAAGUUGUGAGCAAGAGCAAGCAGAAGAAGGAAAUACUGAACACACCAGAAGGCACACAAGCUGAGAAAGACAGAGAGCCUGGCUCUAGACCAUGAAUAUUUCUGAGAUGGCACUAGACGACAACUUCAUGAACAGCUCCUUCAACUGUACCAUUGACAGCUUCAAGCAAGUAAUUUAUCCCACCAUGUAUCUCUUUAUCUUCUUCAUGGGUGCUGUUGGAAAUGGCCUCUCCAUUUAUGUUUUCUUCCAGCCUUCGCAGAGGAAAACCUCGGUAAACAUUUACAUGCAGAACCUGGCUGUUUCGGACCUCAUGUUUGUGAGCACUUUGCCCUUUCGGGCCACAUAUUUCCUGUUGGGAUCACGUUGGAUAUUCGGCGAUAUCGUCUGCAGGAUCAUGACUUACACCUUGUAUGUGAACAUGUACUGCAGCAUUUAUUUUCUCACCGUGCUCAGCGUGGUUCGUUUCAUAGCCAUCGUCUACCCGUUCAAGCACUGGAAAGUAACCAACAUGAAGUAUGCCAGGAUAACGUGCGCAGCCAUAUGGGUCUUCGUGCUGGCAGCCUCCAGCCCUCUGUUAAGCAAGGGGAUCGCUGGGUACAGCAACCCAACCAAGUGCUUGGACCUCCACCCCUCCAGCACGCACAGGCUCCUCAUGAUGAACAGCUUUGUCCUCGUCGUGGGCUUCAUUCUGCCGUUUUGCACAAUUAUUGUCUGUUACGUCUUUGCAAUCAAAGCAUUGCUCAAGUCCAAGAGUCCACAGCGCAAGAAGGUGGUCUGUCACAAGAAGGCUCUGUCAACCAUCAUCAUCACUCUCAUCCUCUUCCUCCUCUGUUUCUUGCCGUAUCACGUACUGCGAACGGUCCACUUGCUGCGCAGCAGCUGCAGCCAGGCCAACCUGCCCGUGCACAAAGCGCUGGUGGUCACGCUCUGCCUUGCCGCCAUGAACAGCUGCCUCGAUCCCAUCCUCUAUUACUUUGCCGCUGAAAAUUUCAAAGCCAGAAUCAGGAGUUUGUACCGCAGGUAGCUGGUGCAGAAUUGCAAAGUUAUAUAUAUAUGGUCCCGAUGGGACAUCUGGACCGGGUCCAUCCUAUUCGACGGCAGAGGCUGUGUGGUGCUAGCCAGCCUGCAGCCACGCUGCUCAGUGCCAGGCGUCUCUGGAGCAAAAGCGUCUUGGAGAGAGCUUGUUGGGGAUGGCCAAAACCGAGGCAGGACGAUCAGAGGUCAGGUGCCUGGCUGUGAUCCCUUGUCCUCUUCUAUUUAGGAGUGGAGAUAUACCCCUGGUGUUCACCCUCCCCAGGGCGAGGGUUUGAAAGGGAUUUACCUUGCUACUAGAGUCCGUUUAUUUCAUUUCCCAGUGCUCAACCAGUGACUUGAAGGGAAACUGCUCACCUGACCACCUCGGCGUCUGUGUCCGAACCUCUCUGUGCUCCGUCUCCCUGCGUGUGCAGAGGUGCGUGGUUCAGACGUUCACAUACCCAACAGACUCAUAGUGCACUGUCAGUUCCUUUUGCAAACACCGGCCAAAGGUCUGCACAUAACAGAAACGUAAAGCAUCGCUGAUACUUUCUGCUGAGGCUGACUUACAAAGCGGGCAGAGAGCCAAACAGCAGCCGGCGCCAGCUCAGGCUGUUCAGAAGGCAUUAACAUUUCUAAAUUUUCCCCUCUGAGGAGGCCACCGAGGUAUUUUGCUUAACAUUUCACUGAUUGUCAAGCGAGAUAAUGAUUUCAAGCAAACAGCAUCGGCGUGGAGCACUAUGAGUAAGAUGCUGCUGGCAGCGAGGGCGGGAUGCGGGCACACGGAGCACCAGGCUGCAACCUGCAGCUCUUCUUCGCAUGUGCGCUCUGGGGUCAUUGCAACGCUUGUUUUUACGCUCAGCGUUGGCAGUGCUUUUCUGAAAGCCGAGGUUAGGCAGCUCGGUUCCCAUGCGGGGAUCCAAAGACAAACUUUUUAAAUGAUUUUGGUCCAAACAGGUAGCUAGGGAGUGGUUUCCUCCGCACAGGUAAACCAGUCUGACGGCAAACUGCUACCAAAAGCAUCCCUAAUCACUCACCUCCUGCCCGCUCUGAGGAGGAAACUGGUCCCUUUUUUCACAGGAUUAAUUUCCAGUUGCUUUGAGCUCCCUGACAUCAAACACGCACCAAUGCAACAGGGAAGCACUAAGCCAGGAGCAGGAGGGAAGACAGGUGGCAGAGGAGGAGGAGGAGGAGGAGGAGGGCAGCUGUUUUAGAAAGCAGUGGGGAGCUACACUUAUGUGUGCUUUGGAAAAAUCUCACCAAAUGGCUGCCUGCAUUUUUAAGUCUCUGAAUAUUUUCUAAAAUAUAUUUCCUAAAAAUCACACCUCUCACAAGUAGGCGAAAACAGGCUCCAAACUCAGUUUGACCACAUUUCGAUAUUGUUUUUAAUUACCUAAUUUUUUAAUAAAAAAAAGACAAAAAAAUUUUGUUAUAUUUUCCAGGAAAGCAGCCUGUCCCAUACGAACACUAGCAAAAAUGCUGAAAGCCUUCACUCCCUGUGAAAUCCACCCAAAGGAAGGUUUCUGUCAGUGAAGAUACUUUCUCAAUGCUCAGAACUUUCUUGGAGAAACCACUCUAUAAACUGUAUGUUAUUACUCCCAAACAAAAAUAACCGCAGCAAGCUAUUUUCAGCUCUGUCUGAAAUAUGCAGAAUAUAAAUCAUUGCUGGUCAGGUGGAAAAGUACUUGGCGAAUCACUGGGAAAGCCACAUUUUUCUUGGCUAAGGGUUAUGUUCAGUUGCAGAUUCAGUCUAUUUUGGUCACUUUAUGCUGCCUUUGAUAUAAGCACGGAGUUUUAUCAUAAGUCUUCACUAAAGUUCAUGCUCCAAAUCCCUGUUUCAGUAACUCAGUGGCAUACCUGAGAGCUGACGUAACGAUGCCAUGUGAACCUCUGCAGUGCUUGGUCCCAUGCUAUUGAAGGAAAAGGGGAUAUUACCACUGGUUUGCAAUAGGAAUGGGAUCGAGACAGUAGCCUGUGCAGAGAGUGGACAAAUAAUUGGAAGGAAGGGGGCAAACUCUUUUUCCGUGGUUUUUCCCUGUCAGGAGUAGACCUGAGCAGGGACAACUGACAAUCUUGGAGCCUCUGAUGAGAUAAUGCACACCUUAAAUACUACAAGGGAAUGGAAAAAAAUUAGCCACGGUCUAAUCUCACUAACGUGUUUUUGUCUGUAUCUAUCCAAUGCACCCUAUUAUCAGAUAAUUUUGCAUCCAGAGGAUAUAUGUAUAUCUCACUUAUGAGGUCACUUUUUUUUUGUAUUGACCAUGCUACAACUUUGUUAUCAAUUGAAUUAACUGUCAAACCUGUGUUUUAAUAAACUAGAUUUACUAGUGGCUGAA